AUGCUACAACCAAGGUCGGUGUCGUCGUUGCUGUCACAGGUGCUUAUUCCGUCUCCUUUAACACCCGGAAAGAGGCCUUUAUCAAUUUCGCUACUGUCAUCCUCUGGAGACCCCCUCUGCUCUUGUACGAGUGCAGCUUCGGCCUCAGAAAGAAGUUUUGACCUUCAAGCUGGCUCCAGCAACCCAACAGAGUACGGUUCAGUCCAAGCUUUGGACCCCUCCGAAAAUUUGAAUGCUUACUCGCUGGUGGCACUAAAUCUAUGGAACCGCCAUUUACAGGAAAGAGAAGCAGAAAACACUACGGACUGGUUGGAGGUGAGCGUUGACCGGUUCAACGUGAUUCUCAAAGCUGUGGGCGGUGUGGAAAGCCCGAAGUGGCUUUUGUUGAUGAUUUGUGAGGCUGAAUAUCCGAAGGGACUGGCUCUGAAGAAGGUGGAGAAUCUUGGGGUGCUAAUAGACCAACAGACGUGA